AAUGCACCAUGAGCAGAGUACGACAGAAGAAGCAGGAAGCAGCAGCAGGGAGCGGGCAGUGAGCAGCAGUCUGCAGCAGUCUGCCUACGGGUCGUUUUUACAUUCGGAUACAACUUGACUUUUAGAAACGAAGAGUGCCUAGUUCGACGCGAACAUGUAUUUCCUCGCAGUAUUUGUCCUUUUGGGGACAGGACUGGUGGCAAACUGCGAGAUGCAUUCCCUCACCUACAUCUACACAGCCUUCUCCAAACCUGUGGAACUCCCAGGCCUCCAUGAGUUCACCGCCAUGGGGCUGCUGGACAACAAGAUGAUCGACUACUUUGACAGCGAUAAUCAGAAGAAAGUUCCCAAACAGGACUUUAUGAAGAAGCAAAUGCCAGUAGAAUACUGGGAGAAAGGCACACAGUCCCGCCAGAGCAAGCAGCAGUGGUUCAAAGUCAACAUCGACAUCCUGAUUAAACGAAUGAGACAGAAUGACUCGGACGUCCACAUUCUGCAGUGGAGGCACGGCUGUGAGGGCGAAACGCAGCCUAACGGUAAGCUUCAGUACCGCCAUGGGACGGACAUGUACAGCUACGACGGGACCGACUUCCUGUCCUUCGACGACUCCCACUCCACCUGGGUGGCCCCAACCGCCGCGUCAGAGCCGACUAAGAGGAAGUGGGAUGAAGUCCAGGUUCUGAAAGAAUACACCAAAGGCUACCUGGAGACUGAGUGCAUGGACUGGUUGAGCAAGUUUGUGGAGUUUGGAAAAAAAAUUGACGCCAGUAUGUAUGACCUCAAAUUAUUUAUAUUUCUGUUCUAGAUAUUAGAAAUAACU